AUGUUGACAGGACCGGCCAGAGGUUUCGACGCUGAGGUGAUCGACCACUAUGGGCCACUAGAUGACGCAGUACCAAAGCUUCACCCUGCCACCUGCCUGGGACAGCUGCGAGAAGCAGCUUCAAACACAUUACGACUACCCACUUUCUGCCUACGGGAAAAGAGGAAGAAAGCCGCGACCGAACCACCAGGAACUGAAGGAGAGCCGGACGCCAAAAGGAGGAAAAUGAGGAAGCCGGAACUAAUGUAUACCCGCGACCCGAGGAUGCAACGACGACAGCAAGCCCCGCACAUGAAGCAAGGAGGUCAGCACUACCAUAGACGAGUCUCCGGAGGUGACUCUCCGUCGACGAGCGGCGUGUAA